GACCUUCGCGCGCCGCCGGAGCCACGGCGCUGGGGGCGGAGCUGCUGCGCGCGGCGUGCGCCGUCACCAUGGUAACCGCAGAAGGCCGGUCCCGGAGAGCGGUAUUUUUGGAAUUAAUGGAGUCAGAAGGACCCCCAGAGUCAGAGAGUUCAGAAAAAUCAAUAUUUUUCUCACAAGAAGAAGAAGAGGAAGAAGAAGUUGAUGAAGAAGAAGAUGAAGAAGCCAGGGAGCCAGAGGAAACUGGCACCGUUAAUCCCCUCUUACAGCCUGCUCUCACAGGGGAUGUAGAAGGUUUGCAGAAAAUUUUUGAGGAUCCUGAGAACCCUCACCAUGAACAGGCCAUGCAGCUGCUCUUGCAGGAAGACAUCGUUGGAAGAAAUUUGUUGUAUGCAGCUUGCAUGGCUGGGCAAAGUGAUGUGAUUAGAGCUUUGGCAAAAUAUGGUGUGAAUCUGAAUGAAAAAACCGCCAGAGGUUACACACUUUUACACUGUGCUGCAGCCUGGGGUCGUUUGGAAACGUUGAAAGUGCUGGUGGAACUGGGUGUUGACAUAGAAGCUCUGAACUUCCGGGAGGAAAGAGCUCGAGAUGUUGCUGCUCGGUACUCCCAGACUGAGUGUGUUGAAUUCCUGAACUGGGCAGAGGCAAGGCUGGAGUUGAAAAAAUAUAUUGCAAAGGUCUCUGCAACUGUUACAGACACAGAAAAAGGACCAGGGAAGCUUUUUAAGGAAGACAAGAAUACUGUCCUCAAUGCAUGCCGUGUGAAAAAUGAGUGGUUGGAAACCCACCUGGAAGCUUCCAUUAAGGAGGUUUUUGAGCAGAAACAGCAACUGGAGGAUAUUGUGACUCCUAUCUUCACAAAAAUGGCUACACCACGUCAAGGGAAAAGUGCCAAAUCUAUAUUCUAAGCCAUGGUCAGAAACGAAGUCAAGAUCAUACCUUCUACUGAACAUAUAUUUUAUAAAAACUACAUUAUUCUUCUAUUAUUUUUAAAGGCAAACCUAUUCAUGCCGACAAAAGUUAAUAAAACAGAUGUGGGGUUUUAUAAAAAUGUUUUAAAUAUGAAAUUAAAUCACCCUUGUUUUGUUUUACUGCAUUCAGCAUGCUUAUGUCUAGACUCUCUGGCCUUGCCUCAGCUCUCACGAAUCAGUUUCAGGUCAGUUCCACGUGCUCCUUCCAGAGAGCACUUGGGUCUGAAUCACUCACAAAGACCAUGUGGAUGCUCUAAGAGCCACUUAGGGAAUCUAACAAUUUUCUGUGUAAUUGAGGAAGGAAAUUUCUAUUCACCUGAGGAAUUCUAUUUAAAAAAAAAAAGACAUACUGACUAUUUCCAGAAGAAAAAUUUGUUCUCCUUCUCUCAAAAGGAAUGCUAUGGGCUGACACCCUGGAGCAGGGAAAUAUUGAGAGUGGUUUGGAUCCGGUCUUCUGCUUAUACAACUGUUAAUCUCUAUGUCCAAGUUAAAAUUCACUUUUAAGGUGGGA